CAAACGCGUGGUGAGCUGCACAGCGCCCCGAAGGCGCGACCGAGCGAGGCUCUUUGGGAAAACUGGGGCGGGGCCCUGACACAUCGGAACGCCCCCCACAUGCCGCAUGUCCUGUAUCCUUGCCGACGACUCGUCGACACCUGGGUCACCUAAGCCUACUCCACGGUAUAGGCUAACAAUUUCGUGCACGCUGGGCGCAAAGAUCCAAGGGCUCUUGACAACGAAUCGAGGGGAUUCGUCGUAAGCUUGCAUAGCAAAACGCUGGUCCUAGGUAAUUCCGCGGAAGAAGCGCACGGCGCUGGCUUCAUGAAAUGCUUCUUUGAAGCUGUCCUCUUGCACGCGAACGCGUUGCGUAAGCAGCGACGGAAAAGUGCAAGCGUAGGAAAGGGCUUGACAGCACGAAGGCCCGGCGUUUGAUUUUGUGGUGCUUGCAUUGGGCUUCACCGGUUCAGCUAAACAGCUUGGCUAUGCGGUCCUUGCGGCCGCGCGCACGAGCGCACUCCGGUGCGUCGUCGCCAGAGAGCCACAGUAGCAGUAAACUGGGCUGACAUCAUUACAUUGUAGUGUGGGGGCUGAACAUGGUGCGGGAAAACGUAAGGGGGCGCUUUUUAGGACGAGACUCAAGCUAAUUUUGCGUCUUUGCUUGCGCGCUCCAUUCUUUGCGGGUAUGUAGGUGUAAAACGGUGUCUGGUUGCUGAUUGGCUUUGCGGCUGUACACGACGAGCCUCGGGCAGCCGGAUCUAGGCGAGGGGCGUCCUGGUACCGGCGCGAGGGGCCGGCGUGGCGUCAGGCCAACCAUACCAGUUGCUCUUCUCAGUGACCAGUCGGCGUGAAGUUUCGGUCGGUCUUCUCCUUCCGGAGCGGCCUUCUUCCUUGUUUUCGACCUGCAAGCCCCUGAUCCAAGGGUGCCGCUAGAGCGUUAGCAACCAAGUUAAUCUGCAAGCCGUAGUCUCAUCACCGACCUCGUUGUCGUCUCGUCUUCUCGAAAAGAGCAAUCAUGCAGACCACCCUGAAGCAGCAGCGCGCUUCCGGCCGCGUCUCGGCCCGCCAGCCUUUCCGCUCGGCAGCCGUGGCGCGCCCUCGCCGCAGCACCGUGCGCGUGCAGGCGAGCGCUGCCCCCCUGAAUGAUGGCCUGGGCUUCGAGACCAUGCGCGAUGGCAUCAAGGUGGCUGCCAAGGAGACCCUGCUGACCCCCCGCUUCUACACCACCGACUUCGACGAGAUGGAGCAGCUGUUCAGCAAGGAGAUUAACCCCAACCUGGACAUGGAGGAGCUGAACGCCUGCCUGAACGAGUUCCGCAACGACUACAACAAGGUGCACUUUGUGCGCAACGAGACCUUCAAGGCCGCCGCCGACAAGGUGACUGGCGAGACCCGCCGCAUCUUCAUUGAGUUCCUGGAGCGCUCUUGCACCGCCGAGUUCAGCGGCUUCCUGCUGUACAAGGAGCUGGCGCGCCGCAUGAAGGCCUCCAGCCCCGAGGUGGCCGAGAUGUUCCUGCUCAUGUCUCGCGAUGAGGCCCGCCACGCCGGCUUCCUGAACAAGGCCCUGUCGGACUUCAACCUGGCCCUGGACCUGGGCUUCCUGACCAAGAACCGCACCUACACCUACUUCAAGCCCAAGUUCAUCAUCUACGCCACCUUCCUGUCGGAGAAGAUUGGCUACUGGCGCUACAUCACCAUCUACCGCCACCUGCAGCGCAACCCCGACAACCAGUUCUACCCGCUGUUCGAGUACUUUGAGAACUGGUGCCAGGACGAGAACCGCCACGGCGACUUCCUGGCCGCCUGCCUGAAGGCCAAGCCCGAGCUGCUCAACACCUUUGAGGCCAAGCUCUGGUCCAAGUUCUUCUGCCUGUCGGUCUACAUCACCAUGUACCUGAACGACCACCAGCGCACCAAGUUCUACGAGUCCCUGGGCCUCAACACGCGCCAGUUCAACCAGCACGUGAUCAUCGAGACCAACCGCGCCACCGAGCGCCUGUUCCCCGUGGUGCCCGACGUGGAGGACCCGCGCUUCUUUGAGAUCCUGAACAAGAUGGUGGACGUCAACGCCAAGCUGGUGGAGCUGUCGGCAUCCAGCUCGCCGCUGGCGGGCCUGCAGAAGCUGCCGCUGCUGGAGCGCAUGGCCUCGUACUGCCUGCAGCUGCUGUUCUUCAAGGAGAAGGACGUGGGCUCCGUGGACAUUGCCGGCUCCGGCGCCUCUCGCAACCUGGCCUACUAAGCGGCGAAUGCUGCUUGCCAGGGCUUAGUGCGGGCCGCGGAUGCUGACUUGUUUUUUUGACAACAUCUGGGCACUUGGUGGGCACUGGCUGCGGCGGACGCGUCCGGCGGGUAGCCCUCUUGGACUUUGGGACCUGACAGGCCAUAGGCUACGUAGGUAGGCUGACUGCGUUGACAAAUGCAACGGAGAAUUUAGGCUGAAAGAGGAUCUAUUUUGGGGGGGCAGUAGUUGCCCUCCGAGUGGCGGGCCCCUUCAGAGUUACGGCUGGCUGCGCAUGUCUGGUGUGCAUGCGUGUAACGUGCAUGGGAGGCCGGGGUAGGGCAAUUUUGCUGUGCGCUCCUUGGCUAAAUCCCGCGAGUAAGGGACACUGAUAGGGCUAGAAUUACUGUGUUGUAUUCUUUUUAUACCGCGGGCGGCCGGCAAGGGCUGCGCAUAAAUGACUCUAGUGGACCGUGUGCUGUUGGUUUGGUCUGCUGACUCUUGCAGAGAUAUGACAAAGAAGCGGUGUGCGAUAAGCGCCGAUGCGCGCGCAAGUACAGGCCGGAGAGGACACGCAGGUGUGCUUAUCUAUUGUGACAUAUGCUUACGCAAGCUCUGGUGCUUGCGGCUGCCCUUCCGCACUAGGCCAGGUGGCCGCCUGUAGAAUGCGGCGGGCGGUGAAAGCGGAGGCAUGGAUACGGUUCCUGACUGUACGUCAGAAGGGCAGAGCGCUUGGGCUCAUACAUUGUACUGUGGGCCGCUGCUCAAAAGCGGCACCUGUAAUGAGCCCUGCCA